GGUCUAUCUGUUUCCCUAGUUUCUCUCUUUUUACUUCAAGAAAAAGUUUUCUGCAGUUUCAUUGUUCUGUAAACCACAGGGCUGGGCUAUGAUUGCAUGAGACAGAGACAGGAAGAGCUUGUGUCUGAGAGUCUGUGUGUGUGUGCGUGUGUGUGUGUGUGUGUGUGUGUGUGUGUGUAUGUGUGUGUGUGUGUGUGUAUAUAUGGACGUGUUUUCUUUGCAUGAGUGCAUUUCCUCUCUUUGUCUGCACCGACGUGUCCUGAUCCAUUUCCUCCUCACCUAAAGUUGCAAGAAUGUUCCCCUGCCAGGCAGCGCCGGGCCAGUUUGGACCAGAGACACGGGAGCCGGGGCUGAAGGUGUGGCGGGUGGAGAAGAUGAAGGCGGUGCUGCUGGAGCCGGCUGAGGUGGGGGCUUUCUUCAACGGAGACUCCUACCUGGUGCUGGAGCACAGGGGGGACCAGGGGGCAGACCUGCACAUGUGGAUAGGUGAGAAGUCAUCUCGUGACGAGCAGGUGGCGUGUGCCAUGCUGGCUACCCAGCUGGACAACUUCCUGGGUGGUGACCCCAUCCAGCAUCGCCAGAUCCAGGGCUACGAGGCCCCAGAGUUCAUGAACCUCUUCCCCAGGGGGGUCAGCUACAAGGACGGUGGUGUGGAGUCGGGUUUCAGGCGACCCCAGGGUGGGUCAGGGCCGGUCCACAGGCUGUACCAGAUCAAAGGGAAGCGCAACAUCCGUGCCAAGGAGGUGGAGCUGAGCUGGGAGAGCUUCAACAAGGGAGACUGCUUCAUCCUGGACCUGGGAGAGACCAUAUUUUCGUGGAUCGGCUCGCAGGCCAACAUGUUUGAGAAGCAGAAGUCGCGUGAGAUUGCUAGCCUGAUCCGCGACACUGAGAGACAUGGUAAAGCACGCAUCACUGACAUCAGUGAGGGAGAGGAGCCGCCGGAGAUGCUCAAGGUGCUGGGACCAAUGCUAGAGCUGGCAGAGAGCACUCCAGAAGAGGACAGUCAAGCAGACGUCUCCAACUCCGCCUCCCUCUACAAGGUGUCCGAUGCGACAGGUAAGAUGAAGCUGACCAAUGUCUCUGAAAAAAGCCCAUUUGCCAAGGACCUUCUGGUGCGUGACGACUGCUUUAUUCUAGACAACGGGGCCAAUGGAAAGAUCUUCGUCUGGAAAGGUAUGGGAGCCAAUGCAGAGGAGAAAAGGGAGGCCUUGAAAAUGGCAGAUGACUUCAUCCAACAGAUGAACUACCCCAGGAUGAAAACACAGGUGGAGAUUCUACCACAGGGGAGGGAGACGAUCAUCUUCAAGCAGUUCUUCAAGAACUGGAACUAAACUACAAGGGUUUAACUGUUAACUGUUGCACUCCUAAAAUAUAAUGAAAUAACAACCUGGAAUAUAAAAGGUCUCAAUCAAUGUUUAAAAGUCUUCUCAUAAGGAGUGAAAACAUCUCAAAUUCAAGAACAUAUUGGUUUUUUUUACAUGUGUUUACUUAUAUGUAUAUAUUUGUAAGGUACUGUACUCACAGACAACUGUUUAGUCAUGCAUAGGUCAAAUUAACUCAAAAUAAUGAGAGCCUUUAUAAUGAUGUCACACCAAAUGGAUCCCUAAGUCACUACUACUGGUUCUGACUGGGAAGGAAAACAUGUGCUCACUGGUUUUACUGGGCUCUGUUAGUGGUCUUAUUUAAAGCCAAGAUGAUAUUCCACAAAGCCUAUAAAGUUCAUUUGUUUGCUUUUGUCUUUUUUUGUGUUGUUUUUUACAUGUGUUUAUGAAUUACAGGGACAUAUUCAAAUAAUACCUUUAGUAGGCUACAGUUUAUGAAAAUAAAUGGAAACUGAAAGAA